AUGUUACCGAACGAAGAAAGUUCUUCCGAACCACGUAAUGAGAUCAACGAACGUGUCGACUUUUUCAUGUGUGAUUUUCAUCCGGAUGAGGCUAAGUUUAAUGACGUUUCGAUUGCGGAGUUCGACGUUCUCUCGCGAGAAUAUUUGGGAAGUGACUUUUCAUUUCUAUUUGGGGGAAAUUUACAAACCGACUCUGGUGCUGCUGCUGAUAAUGUGUUGAUGAAAUCAACACAACCUCAAGAAAAUUUACCAAACGUUUCUGCUGCUGUCGGUGAUAAUGUGUUGAUGAAAUCAACGCACUUUGACGAGAAUUUACCAAACGUUUAUGGUGCAGCUGGUGAUAAUGUGUUGAUGAAAUCAACACAACCUGAAGAAAAUUUAUCAAACGUUUCUGGUGCUGCCGGUGAUAAUGUGUUGAUUUCAUCAACGCACUUUGACGAAAAUUUACUGGAAAACUACGACGAAUUUGAGGAAAAUUUUCAGGAAAACACUGGUGAUGAGGAAAAUGAAGACUCCGAUGGUGAGGAAAAUUUACAGGAAAACACUGAUGAGGCUGAGGAAAAUGAAGACUCCGAUGGUGAGGAAAAUUUACAGGAAAACACUAGUGAGGCUGAGGAAAAUGAAGACUCCGAUGGUGAGGAAAAUUUACAGGAAAACACUGGUGAAGCUGAGGAAAAUGAAGACUCCGAUGGUGAGGAAAAUUUACAGGAAAACACUGAUGAGGCUGAGGAAAAUGAAGACUCCGAUGGUGAGGAAAAUUUACAGGAAAACACUGGUGAAGCUGAGGAAAAUGAAGACUCCGAUGGUGAGGAAAAUUUACUUGAAGACUCUGAUGAUGGUGAUGAAAACCAGUUGUUAGUAGAUUUUAUCAAUGAAUUAAACAACCUACUUGAAGAGAAUGGCCAUAUUCCGGAUGAAGGUGGGAAUGAGGAUGACCAUAUUCCAGAAGCUGUUGUUGCUGAAGUUGGGGAUGAUUAUGAUGCAAAUAUGGGAGUUGAUGCGGAAGCUGAAAGGGCAGAUAAUGAGAGUGAUGAUGACCCAAAUGAAUAUGAUGGGGAGCCAAAUUCUGAAGAUGAAAGGGCGGAUGAUGAGCGCCAUGACGAGGACACAGAUUCCGAACCUGAAUGGGCUAAUGCUAUGGAGCCAAAUUCUGAAGAUGAAUGGGCAGAUGAUGAGCGCGAUGAUGAGCGCAACGAUGAGGACACAGAUUCCGAAGCUGAAUUGGUAGCUGAUGAUGGCCUUGAUGAUAACCCAAAUGUGGGUGAUAAUGAACCAAAUGUGAUUGAUGAAGAACCAAAUGAAGAACCAAAUGUGAUUGAUGAAGAACCAAAUGAAGAACCAAAUGUGAUUGAUGAAGAACCAAAUGAAGAACCAAAUGUGAUUGAUGAAGAACCAAAUGAAGAACCAAAUGUGAUUGAUGAAGAACCAAAUAAUGAACCAAAUGUGAUUGAUGAAGAACCAAAUAAUGAACCAAAUGUGAUUGAUGAAGAACCACAUAACGCGGAAAAUGAGUCAAGCUCAAGUACAAGCAGCUCAAGUACAAGCUCAAGUGAUUCUGCUGAAUCCGACUCAAAUGGGACAGGAUCAAGUACAAGCUUAGCCGUUUCAGUCAUAACUGACAAUCUUGGUUCAACUAUAGAUAGUAUAUGA